AUGGAGCAGCUAAAUGAACUGGAGCUGCUGAUGGAGAAGAGUUUCGGAGAGGAGGCUGCGGCGCCAGAGGAGCUAUUUCAGAAGAAGAAGGAAGCUUCCUUUCCUAAGACAAUUCUGAGCCAUGGAAUGGAUAACCGCUACCUGGUGUUAGCAGUCAGUACAGUACAGAAUAAAGAAGGAAACUAUGAAAAACACCUAAUCAUCACUGCUUCCCAGUCCCUAGACUAUAAAGAACAGUGCAUCCUUAGAAGUGACUGGUGUUCUGUACCAGUAGAGCCAGGGGAUAUCAUUCAUUUGGAAGGAGACUGCAAAUCUGGCACAUGGAUAAUUGAUGAAGAUUUUGGAUAUCUGAUUCUGUAUCCAGACAUGCUGAUUUCUGGCACAAGCAUAGCCAGUAGUAUUCGAUGUAUGAGAAGAGCUGUACUAAGUGAAACUUUUAGGAGCUCUAAUCCAGCCACACGCCAAAUGCUGAUUGGUACCGUUCUCCAUGAAGUGUUUCAAAAAGCGAUAAGUAGUAAGAGCUUCACCCCUGAAAAGCUGCAAGAACUUUCUUGUCAAAUUGUUCAGGAAAUAAAGCAUUUGAAAGAAAUGUACCGCUUGAAUCUGAAUCCAGAUGAAGUAAAACAAGAAGUAGAGGAGUAUCUUCCUUCAUUUUCUAAGUGGGCUGGAGAUUUUAUGCAUCAGGGUACUUCAACUGACUUCCCUCAAAUGCAGCUCUCUCUGCCAAGUGAUGGUAGUAAUAAUAACCCAACACGAAACAUUGAAGUAAUAAACUCACUGGAUAUUGAAGAAAGCAUUUGGUCCCCUAGGUUUGGAUUGAAGGGCAAAAUAGAUGUUACAGUUGGUGUGAAAAUACAUCAAGGUUCUAAAACAAAAUAUAAAAUAAUGCCAUUGGAACUUAAAACCGGCAAAGAAUCCAAUUCUAUUGAACACCGUAGUCAGGUUGUUCUGUACACGCUGCUAAGCCAAGAGAGAAGAGCUGAUCCAGAUGCUGGCUUACUUCUCUACCUCAAGACUGGGCAGAUGUACCCUGUGCCUGCUAACCAUCUAGAUAAAAGAGAAUUAUUAAAGCUAAGAAACCAAAUGGCAUUUUUUUUGCUGCAUCGUAUUAGCAAAUCUCCUGGAAAGGAGAAGACACAGCUCACUUUUUUGCCACAAAUAACUGAGGAAGAGAAAACCUGUAAAUAUUGUUCACAAGUGGGAAACUGUGCUCUUUAUAGCAGAGCAGUUGAACAACAGAUGGAUGAAAAUUUAGUCCCAGUGGUUAUGCUGUCCAAAAUUCAAGAAGAAACUUGUCAUCUGAAACUCACACACUUAGAGUAUUUCAGCCUUUGGUAUCUAAUGUUAACCCUGGAGUCACAAUCAAAAGAUAACAGAAAGAAUCACCAAAAUAUCUGGUUAAAGCCUGCUUCAGAAAUGGAGGAGAGUGGCAACUGCAUUGGAAACCUGAUUAGAACAGAACAUGUAAAGAGAGUUUGUGGUGGACAGUAUUUACAUCAUUUCCAGCGUAAAAAUGGUUCUAUGCCUGUCACAAACCUAAUGGCAGGUGACAGAAUUAUUUUAAGUGGAGAAGAGAGAACACUGUUUGCUUUGUCUAGGGGAUAUGUGAAGGAGAUUAACAUGACAACAGUAACUUGUUUAUUAGACAGGAACUUGUCAGUGCUUGCAGAGUCAACUCUGUUCAGAAUAGACCAGGAAGAAAAAAAUUGUGAUAUAGAUACCCCGUUAGGAAAUCUCUCUAAAUUGAUGGAGAACACUAAUGCCAGCAAAAAACUUCGAGAUUUAAUCAUUGACUUUCGUGAACCUCAGUUUAUACCCUACCUCAGCUCUGUUCUUCCACGUGAUGCAAAGGAUACAGUUGCCAACAUUCUAAAGGGAUUGAAUAAGCCUCAGAGACAAGCAAUGAAAAAGGUUCUUCUUUCAAAAGACUAUACCCUCAUUGUGGGUAUGCCUGGGACAGGAAAAACAACUACAAUAUGUACUCUCGUAAGAAUCCUCUAUGCCUGUGGUUUUAGUGUUUUAUUGACCAGCUAUACACACUCUGCUGUUGACAAUAUACUUUUGAAGUUAGCCAAGUUUCAAAUAGGAUUUUUGCGUUUGGGUCAGACUCAAAAGGUUCAUCCAAAUAUCCAGAAAUUUACAGAAGAAGAAAUUUGCCGAUCUAAGUCCAUUAAAUCCUUAGCUCUUCUAAAAGAACUUUACAAUUGUCAACUUAUAGUUGCAACAACAUGCAUGGGAAUAAGCCAUCCAAUAUUUUCCCGUAGAACCUUUGAUUUUUGUAUUGUGGAUGAAGCAUCUCAAAUUAGCCAACCAGUUUGCCUGGGGCCACUUUUUUUUGCUCAGAGAUUCGUGUUGGUGGGGGAUCAUCAGCAGCUUCCUCCCCUGGUGCUAAACCCAGAAGCAAGUGCUCUUGGCAUGAGUGAAAGCUUAUUCAAGAGGCUGGAGAAGAAUCAAAAUGCUGUUGUACAGUUAACUGUGCAGUACAGAAUGAACAGUAAAAUUAUGUCCCUAAGUAACAAGCUGACCUAUGAUGGAAAGCUGGAGUGUGGAUCAGACAAAGUGGCCAAUGCAGUGAUAAACCUACCUCACUUUAAAGAUGUAAAGUUGGAAUUGGAAUUCUACGCUGAUUAUUCUGAUAAUCCUUGGCUGAUUGGAGUAUUUGAGCCAAACAAUCCUGUUUGUUUUCUUAAUACAGAAAAGGUUCCAGCACCAGAACAAGUUGAAAAAGGUGGUGUGAGCAACAUAACAGAAGCCAAACUCAUAGUUUUUCUGACCUCAGUGUUUAUUAAGGCUGGAUGUAAUCCCUCUGAUAUUGGUAUCAUUGCACCAUAUAGGCAGCAAUUAAAGAUCAUCAACGAUUUGUUGGAACAUUCUUCUGUUAAGAUGGUCGAAGUUAAUACAGUAGAUAAAUACCAAGGAAGAGACAAAAGAAUCAUCCUAGUGUCUUUUGUUAGAAGUAAUAAGGAUGGAACCCUUGGUGAACUCUUGAAAGAUUGGCGGCGUCUCAAUGUUGCUAUCACCAGAGCCAAACAUAAACUGAUUCUCCUGGGCUGCGUGUCCUCACUGAAGCGCUAUCCUCCUUUGGAGAAGUUAUUUUGUUAUCUAAACACAGAAAAAUUAAUCAUUGAUCUCCCGUCAAGAGAACAUGAAAGUCUCUGUAACAUUUUGGAUGAUUUUCAAAGAGGAUAAAAUGCUGUUUUCCUUGCUUUUUGAUAUAUGAACAGUGUCUCUUGGCUCGUGUCUAAGAUUCAUAAUUUAGCUUUGCUAUAAAGGCCGUGUUUGGUUAAACUGUGAAAAUGACUUUUAUCCAAAGGGAGGAAACGCAAGUUACAUGUACUCUGUGCAGAGUUCCAGAUUUUUGUUUUCUAUUUUUUUUUUUUAAUCUUAUUAACAUAAAAUUCUAUUGCCAUACAAAAUCCAGCACUACCUUUUUACCAGUGCAGAUGUGCUCCAAACUUUGGAAAGUCUAAAUUUAUAGGUAUGAUAAAUUCAUUUUUGUAUGACCUAGAUAAAGAGUUUGAGGCUGGGCGCGGUGGCGCAACUUGGGAAAUUGGGAAGCGGCUCAGUGGUCAAGUGCCCCUAAGUUCAAUCCCUGGUACCCGACCACGCCCCCCCCCUAAAAAAAAAUUGACAAGAUUUUUUUACCAAUUUUAAAGAUGGAUUAAAUUUUGGAUCUAAGCUUUAUAUUUUUAAGUCUAAAAUUUCAAAACUAAUUUGAUUUAUAGAUUCAGUCAUAAGAAUUGUAUCUGCAAGUUGGGCACAGUGAUGCAUGCCUAUAACCCCAGCAACUUAGAAGGCUGAGGCAGGAGAAUCCCAAGUUCAAGGCCA